UUAAGCUAUAAAUAUUAAUGAUUUAAACUUAAUAUUUUACUUUUUGUAGCACUAAUUUUUAGGAAUAUCAUUUGAUUUGCAAAAGAUCAAUACUAGUAUUCAUUCACGAAAUUAUAUACCACAUAGGAAACUUUUGACUUCUUUCAUUAAUUUGGACAAGUACCAAUUAAUGCAUGCGUUUUUUAUAAUGUGCAUCAUUAACUAUACAGAAAGAUAUAUAUUAUAUAACACAAAUAUCUUAUACGUUAUAAAAGAUAUAUAAUAAGAAAUAUGUAUAGUUUAUAUUAUUAUUGAUAUACUCAUAUAUUACGUACCAUUUUUCACAAAUUGCAAUUGUAUAUACAUUAUAUUUAAUAUUUGCAUUACUAAUCAAUAUAUAAUGUAUAAUGUAAUAUAAUCAUAAUAUAAAAUAAGUUUUAUAUAUACAUAUAGGUCUUGAUACAGAAAGGUACACAAACACAUGUAAUUAUUAAUUCAAUAAUUAAAUAUCAAAUUAUUUACAUAAUAAUCAAUUAUUAAAUAAUUUCUUAUUUAAUACUAAUAUAUUAGUGUGCUUAAUAUUUUCAUUAUUUAGUGUAAAUUGCUUACUACAGCAGUUUUAUUUAUUAUUCAUAACUUGACUAUUAAAUUAAUUUUUAAUAAAUUAAAUAUGUAAUGCUUAUUUCUCUUUUUUAUAUAUUUGUUUCCUUCAAUCUUUUCACAUUUUUACGUCUUUUAUAUUUCAGCCUUCAUAUUUCUUGUUACUGUAUAUUAUUAUGCAAUAAGCUAUUUUUGAUUCUGUAUACACUUUAAAAGUUGUGUGACGUCUGCUGGAUUUAUGAAAUUGGAUGACUGCGUAGAUAUAAAUUUGGUUUUUGAAUUUCAUAUUGCUCGCCCAAUUUUUUCCGCACUUGCGUUGGAAAUCAUCUUUCAAUUCAUCAUUGUAUAUUCCAUUCUGUUUAAAUUAGAUAUAUCCUUUUUUAAUUUUCCUUUCUAUAUUGUAUAUUAGCAUACUUCUUAAUUGAAUAUUAAAAAUCAUUGUGAUAACAAGGGAAAAAGAUAAUAGAGAAAAAUAAAGUAGAAGCAUGAAAUGUUCUAACGAAAAAAUAUAUGUUGCUCGUAUAAAACAGUAUAUCUAUUUUAUAAAAAUAAUUUUUCAGUUAUGAUCUUACGUAUUCUAUAAUAGGUACGUUGACGUUACCUACAGCAAAAUAUACGAACAAUAUGUAGUCAGAUUGGCAACAGAUACGAUUAUAUUGUAUAGAAUAUUGUAGCAAGACAAUUAUCAUUUGUGUCUGUGUUUUGACAGAACACACUGAUAUAAUUUGACGACAAAUUCGCAGAAAUCGAGCAAGAUAGGCUCUAUUUAAAUAGCAGAUUGUACUACAUUUUUGUCGCCAAUUUUCCGUCUUAUAUUGUUGUCAGAACCUGUUUAUUUCUAAUAGUAUCCUGCUAUGGAAACUCCUAAUGUUAGCGCACAUUUGCCUAAAGUUAUGUUAUUGUUAAGAUAAGUAUAGAGUAUUAAAAACUAUAGUCAUACAUAAUAUAUAUAAUACUUAAUAAUAUUUUUCUUAUAAUAUCAUAUAAUUUUGGUUAUCUACCAAUAUUAUUUUACUCUUAGUUAGUUCUUUUUAUAUUAGAAAUAGUGUUUACUGUUUUCCUGUCUCUAACUCCCUUCCUCAUAGAAGUAAACAAUCUUAUCCCGAAGACUCGAGUAAAUAUGGUGAAGAUCAUAUAUGUUUUCCACAACAUAGGUAACUGUUAGUCAGUAGAUGGCACCGAAAGGACGCAGAGUCAAUUUGAUUAGAUGAACACAGUGAUGUUGUGAGUCUUUGUGAAACUAAACGAAAAUUAUUUGUACAAUACAAUAUUGAAUUUUCUAGAUAAAGUGAUUGAACAACAUCUUUUGCUUUGUAUCAAUAUUAUUUGUAAAAAUGCCACCCUUCUAUCUGCCAUGGAUCUGUUAUACCAAAGGAAUAAUUGUAAUUAUUGUACACUUCAUCCUUGAAGGUAUAGGGCGCACAGUAACAGAAACUGUGCCAUCAACAAUCAUUAGUAAGAUACAGAACAAUGAAACUCAUGGCAUAAAUGACACUGAUAACAUAAUAAAGACCCAUGGAUUACCUGAUGCACACUUUAAUGUAUGGCUUAUUUUGUUCACGGUGGCGAUGUCUUUUAGUUUAAUAUACUUUGGAUACUUGUACUGUUGGCGGAGGCGUUAUCACUUACGACGAGUACUUCCAGAAGUACAGCAGCAAUUCAUUGUAGCAUUUAGUAGACGUAGAGAAAAUGGAGAAAACGUUUAAUUGAUACAAGGAAUGGAAGCUAAGAAAAAUAUAUGCAAACUAUGCAAAAUUGAUUAAACCAUUUAUCCUUUAUAAAAAGAUGAUGUUAAUAUGAUAAUGAUCAUCUACGAAAUUACGUAUCUUAGAAGAUUUAAUAACUCUCAUACUCUGAGACAAGUACGACUGAAUGUGUCUUUUUGAUAUGUGUAAAAUAUAUUUUUAACAAUAAGUUAUAUAUUGUGCGACAUAUAUAUUUUAAACGUUACAAAAAGCUAAUAUUAUGUGUAUAUUAUAUCAUAUGAGAAAACAAUGUGUAAGAAUAACUUAUUUAUACAGUUAUAUGCACAUAUAUAUAUUACGUAUUUUUCAUUUCACAAUUGCUUGUGGUACGUGUAUUAUAUUUACCAUUUUUAUAUUUAGCAUUAUUAAUUACUCAUGUAUGAU